GGCGUGUGAAGCUGUAAUGGACGAAAAGAAGUGAUUAGCAGCUGAAAAAUUGUGAAGGUGGAAAUUUCAGUUCCUGUGUUUAAUGUAACAUUUUUAUGACUGCAUAACAUUAAUAAAAUGUCAUAAAUAAUUUUUCAAAUGAUGAUUAUUGCUUUACUUCUAUUUUCAAAUACAUUAUUGAAUACACUGCCAUAGUACUAUUCAAAGUAAGAAAUGUCUUAUCCUGGUCAGCCUCCUAUGGGUAUACCAGGCAUCCCACCUAUGCCUUAUAUGGUUGGCGCACCUCCACCAAUUAUAAGUGGUGUGAUGCCUAUGGCACAUAUGAUUCCAACACCCGUAUCUGCGAUGCAGACCUCAGCUCCAGCUGUUCGGUAUGCUCGUAACCAGAAUCGCCAUGAUAAUAAUCGUCGCCGUGAGAGAGAAUCAGGUCCACCAGUUACUGUAUUUAUCGGUAACAUUAUGGACAGAGCACCUGAUGUAAUGAUUAGACAUAUACUGGGUGCAUGUGGCCACGUCCUCUCAUGGAAGAGAGUCCAAGCAUUUGGAUUUUGUGAAUAUGCAGGUCCUGAUGCAGGUCUUAGAGCAGUUAGAUUACUUCAUGAUAUGGAAAUAGGUACGAAGAAACUUGUGGUGAAAGUUGAUGCGAAAGCUAAAGUUGUAUUGGAUCAAUUUAAAGCGGAAAGAAGAAAAAAAUUAAGAGGAGGUCAGUCACCUUUACAGGAUGAAACACCUACCGAAGGAGUUGAAGGAGAGGAAGGCGAAGAUUACAUGGAUGAGGGCAUGAGAGUAGUGGAUGCAGAUGCACUAGCUCGUAUUAAUCAAAUUAUAGCUGAACAUGCUGCUGAUUUGGAAAUGGCACAAACUGCACCUGAAGAGCAUCAAACAAAGAUGGUUGCAAAAUCAUUGAACUUGGAUGAUGCAGAAAUAGAAGAAAGUAAAAGAGACUUGAUUACCAGAGAAAUUGGAAAGUUCAGGGAGGUUAUGAAGAAGCAAGAAGAGGAGAAGGCACAAGUAAAACGGAAGAAAGAAGCAGUCGAGAAAGAAGAACGGGAGAAGCGCGAAAAAGAACGACGGGAUAGGCGGGAUGGUAGUAGUACUAAAGAUGACCAAGAUGGUGAUCCUAGCAGUCCCACAUCUCAUAAGGGGCGCAGUAGUAGUAUUGGAAGUAGUAGAAGGGAUAAAAGGCGGUCUAAGUCUAGGUCUAAGGAACGGGAUAGAGAUCGUCAGAGAAGCGAAAGAGAUCGUGAUAGAGACAGAGAUCGAGACAGAGACCGUGAAAGGGAACGAGAAAGAGAUCGAGAUCGUGAAAGAGAACGUGAACGAGAACGUGAAAGGGAUAGAGAAAGAGAAAGAGAUAGGGAACGGGAAAGAGAACGAGAACGAGAAGAAGCAAGAAAAACCGAAAGAGAAAUUAUGCGCGAAAGGGAAGAAGAGGAAGAAGCGAAGGAAAGGAAGAAGAACGAGAGAAGAGCGCGGGAGAAGGAAGCGGCGUACCAAGAACGUUUAAGAGCAUGGGAGACGAGAGAACGUCGCAAACAAAAAGAAUACGAGAAAGAAGCAGAGAAGCGUAGAGCAAAACGGGAGGCAAGAGAAAGAGAAGCAAAACGUUUGAAAGAAUUUCUCGAAGACUAUGAUGAUGAUAGAGACGACGCUAAAUAUUACAAAGGUAAAGAACUUUCACGGCGUUUGGAAGAGAGAGCGCUGGAAGCUGAAGCCGAUUCACGGGAUCGUUGCGCUGAACGUCAAGAACUUCAACGUCUUCGCGACAAACUUUAUGCUGACGCCUCUCAUCCAGAUCCGGCCGCCGAAUUUGAAAGGUUAAAAGCUGAACGAGAAGAACAGUAUAAGCCUAAACCAGUAAUUACAAUAAUUGACGAGGAGGAUGAAAAAGUAGUGAAAAAGGAGAAAGAAGUUAUGCCACCUAUAGAAACUGAGCCAAUUGAAAGUGAUAGUGAUGAAUGUGUACAAUUCGAUGAUGUUUCCCAGUCGGAAGUACCUUCUAGAACACCACCAAGACACCAUCAUCACCAUCGAAGGCAUCAUCGUCAUCAUCAGAACCAUCAUCGGGACGGUGAAGAAAACGAAGAAGUCGUAGAAACAGAUAGGGAAAGUGUAAAGGGAACGAGAUCGUCACCUUCUCAUCAAACUGUAACAACUCCAGUUCAAUCCAUUCCACCAACAUUAGACGAAGAUUCGCGCAUGUCUCUUGUUAGUGAACCAGAAAAAACGAGUAGUAGUAACUUUGUACCGUUUGCUAUGGGAAGCGGAGGCAAUCGUGGCAAUGAUCACGGUAUUGGUAACAAAACCCCUGCUAGUCCAAGCACAGCUGUUAAUCUUAAUUCGCAACAAACAAAUCAAAGUAGGAAGAAAGGUCGAAUCGACGUUAAAGAUGUAUUUAAUAACGACGACGACGAUGACGGUGCUAAUAAUGCGAAGAAGCGUAAACUAGUUCCUUUAGAUUAUGGUGAAGAGAAAAAGAAGAAAACCAGUGAAGAAGCUCCUAAAUCCGGUAAAGAAGAAAGUACAAAAAGUCAAGAAGAAAAACGGAAACACAUAAAAUCUCUUAUUGACAAAAUACCUACAGAUAAAAAUGCUUUGUUUGGAUAUCAACUCGACUGGGCCGUAAUAGAUAAUACAUUAAUGGAAAAGCGGAUAAGGCCGUGGAUCAAUAAGAAGAUUAUUGAAUAUAUUGGCGAACCUGAACCUACAUUAGUAGAUUUUAUUUGCAGCAAAGUAAUGGCUGGCAGCUCACCUCAAGGCAUACUCGACGAUGUACAGAUGGUAUUAGACGAAGAAGCAGAAGUGUUUGUAGUGAAAAUGUGGAGGUUAUUAAUUUAUGAAGUGGAAGCUAAAAAAAUGGGCUUAGUUAAAUAAAUGAGAUAUCAAUUAAAGUACUAAUCGACUUAAAGAUUUAUACUACACAUCAAAUUCCUUUGGUUAAAAUGUAAUAUUUAAGUUAUAUACCCCAAUACACAAUGGAUUAUGUAUAAUUUGUAGCAAUCUUCGCUAGACAGCAGACACGUUGUUGCUCGAUUUAAUAGGUAACAUGAAUGUGUAGCAAAUGAGAUGUUAAAUACAAGUUGUAAUUACGAUUUAUAAUA